GCCGUAGGCCGUCGUAACCACAUUAUAAUUGGUUUUCCUGACUGGGGGUGGACAUCACCUCUGCUUCCCCGUACCCAUCGUUACCUAUGUGCAUACACACCUACACACGUUCAUCUAUAUAUUUUUUUUCCUUUCCGCCCUUCUGAAGUAUACCCUGUGUACACACGCAGAGCAGCUGUGACUUGGUGUCCGCCACAUUACCCUCAGCCUUGAGUUCUGUUUGUCGGCCUGCUUCGUCUGCCUUCUUUCUCUCCUCUGUUACUUACAUACAUAGUUGCUCUUAUAUAUCAUCUUUUCUUUUUACUGUUUCUUGGCUGCCAGAUUUAUGUAUAAAGAUUCAAUAGAUUACUUCUCAUUGUAGAGACACCUUAUUACUAUUAUUGUUUUUGACUCCUCCCAGUCACCCUGACAGCGGUAUCUGUCUAGUGUCCCAGCUACCCCGCAUUCUCUUUCUCUUUCUCUUUCUCUUUCUCCCUCUCCACACUCGUCUUCUUCUUCUCUGCUUGUGACGGCUGCGCUGCUUCGUUUCCCGUUUUCCUUGCUUUCUUCGCUGGUUGCGUGAUUAGUUCAGUUGUGUGUCUGUGAGUUCUUCUCCGUUAUGUACCCCUACCCACCGGGCUUAUACCGGCCACGGCCGGAUGCGAACAUGAUGGCCACCUACCACCAGCAACAACAGUUUUAUCAACAGCAACAGCAGCAGCAGCAGCGGUGUCAAUGGAGAAGCAUCCACGGCACGUACCCAGUCAUGGACCAGAACCCCAACAUCCAGGGCACGGGCUACACAAACUACAUGGGUCAGCAGCAGCAGCCACAGCAGCAGAUCUAUUCCCCGCAUAUGGGCGGCUACCCGAUGCAGCAGCAGUCACCGCUACAGUACGGCGGCGGCUUUAACGCCCCGACGAGCCGGCCGAUGAACGACAUGAAUAUCCAGCAACAGCAACAGCAGCAGCAGCUGCGUCCAGGCUGGGCGGAGUCCAGACCGGGGCGUACGCCCUGCAAGGACGAUUGGUGGUCGCACGUGAAGGACGAAAUGCAGCGCAUUGAGAGCCCACGCGGGAUCGAUUUAGAGAAAGAGGACGAGCACGCGAACGUGAUGGAGGAGCUGCAGCGCACCGGCACGACGUCGGGGGUGGUGGACGAUGGAGAAGACGGGGCGGCAGCCUUUGAAGAGCGACGCAACCAGCACAACGAAAGUGAAGGUGCCUUCGGUGCAAACCCAAAGGAGGACGGCGGCAACCCUCCUCAGCAGCCCUACUACGACCAUCCGCAGCGUAAGCCGUAUCCGUCGGCGGAGUCCGGUCGGGAGGGGGCCAGCGGUGAGGAGGCGAAGGCGCCGCUGGAGACCCGUCCUAACAAGCAGUGCCGCUCCUCGCAGCUGGCGGGGACCGAGGAGGGGUGGAAGCGAAAAGGUCUAGAGAGCACGCCGUACCGCCCCUACUCCUCCAAAGAGAAGAACGAUGAAUCACAACAACAACAGCAGCAGCAGCAGGAAGGUGACGUAACGGAACUGGCGAACAGCGCCUUCCACCCCGCUGGUUCGCCAGGCGCGAAAAAUGGCCAGGCCGCAGCGGGGGUGCAGCGAAUGCCGCGCAUUCCUCCCCCGCGGCGUCAGACAGCCGGCAAGGGAGACAACGCAGCGCACAACAACAUCAGCAGCAGCAGCGGAGGAGCGCCGAUGUCAACCACGUCAGCAGCCACGACAGCGACAGGGGCUGUUACGACGACGACUUCGCCGGCAGGCACAAAUGACACCAGCGCAGGCGGAGGCAACGUCUUACCGCCGCACCGGCCGCCUCUGCAAGACGAGGCAGAUCGAAGCAGACGGAUGAGCCAGUCGGAGAACAACGCCGAGAGCUUUAAGCGGGGUGACUCGACGAUGCAGGUGGAUCGGGAAGACCCGCGGGGGCAGCUUCCGAGCAUUGUAAUCGAAGACCGCGGCGCAACGGUGAACGACGACAAAGCCGCCGCUGCCGUCCUCGCCUGGCGACGCGGUAGCGGCAGCGCCGUCGACCAUCGCGGGUACAGCAUCGGUGGAGUCACGCACCUCCGCUUGAGCACGUCGGAGCCGGCGCACAGCGCAGAAGCAACGAAGGUUGUCCCCCCUGGACAGAAAAAGUCUGUUGCUUCACCGGUGAAGGCAGGCGGGCGAGAUCAACGGGCGUACUCGUACUUCAACAACUGCCACACGACCGCGCUGCGCGAGGAUGAAGAGGAAGAUAACAACGGCAGUGGCAGCGACGGCGAGGAUGAAAGCGACAGUAGCUCCAGCAGUGGAGACGAAGCAGACGACGAGGAAAGUGAUUCGGAAGACGAGGACGAUGAGGUGGAGUACAGCACGAUCCACCGCCCGUUCGGCCAUGUGAACAAUCUAGGUCGCAGCACGUUGGAGUACAGCGCAUUUCGCGAUAUCCCCGAUGAAGCGGAGCACGCGGAGGGCGGCGAGGUGACGGCGGCGAACGGCACGCUGCCACUUCCCAAAGCACCGGUGGAAGCGCGAAGGAGCCCCGGCACCGACGGCAUCAACCCCUUCAGUGGCGCCGGGGGAGGCGAGGUGCUGCCGCACAAGUCUGCCGGCCAUCUCUUCAACCUCAACUCGAGCAUCACCACGCGCAGCUACUCCACCGGUAUCGACGACCGGGCCUAUAUGAUGGCGGACAUGAGUAUCAUUGAGCGCCACAACGGCACUCACGACGAGGAGGGCAAGAUGCCAGCCCCGUCGGAGCGCAGUCCGCCGCCGCCCCCGCGAGGAAGGGAAUACAGCAUUUUGGCGCUGCGUGACGAGGGCUCACCGUAUGCGGCGGGCAACCCAGCCUCCCCGUUGCAGCAUCACCUCCCGAGUCAGCAGACGCACACCCCUGAAAAAGAGACGAGCGAUCCUGCGGCAAAAGACCGCAAGCGCGGGGACGCGGACCCGUCGGACUGUGUGAUGGAUCGGCUACAGCGUGUCGGGGUGGGUAAGCGCGCUCCCCCAAAGAUCACGAUCAAGGCAAACACCGCAACAGCACCAGCGGCAGUGUCGGGAAGCAGCAGCCCGAACAGCAACGCAGCCACGGCACCGCAGACAACAUCAACGACACCGACACUUCCGAAUGUGCACAAGCAGCAGCCCAACCGCGACGGAAAACAGCAAAAGAGCAGCAACGACGGCGCCAGCGCGGCCGCCAAAGUCAAGAUAGAGGACAUCAAACUCCCGCCUGCUGGCGUCAACGAAAGGCGGGUACCUCCGGCGGGGUCAACUUCGCCCCGCGUGCCUCGCUCUCCCGUCGAUGACGGAAAGACGAAGAGCAGCCCCACCAGCAAAGAAGGUCCGCUGUCGAAUACCAACAAGCUGCCCCCCACGCCCACCACAAAGGCGCCGCCAGCGGCAUCCACCACCGCCGCUCCUGCUGCUGUCCCGGCACCCAAGAAGCCGCCCACCGCACAGCCGCUGAUGAGUAACACCGUGGAAAUAUCGCACUGCGACAAUAGCGGCGCCGCUCCCAAGCCCCUUCCGCAUGCCUCCGUCCCCGGCAAGCAUGUUUCCAUUUUCAAGCGCAUCCGCAAAGGCCCGGCGGCGGGUGCACAAGGCGAAAAGCCGAUCAAAUCACCGACCACGUCAUCGUUGCCCGCCCACACAACCGAUGUCGCUUGGGGAGCCGCUGCGGCCGCCGCCGCCGUGUCAGCAUUCGCCGCCAGUCCUUCCGAUAAAAUGGCCGGCCUUGGGAAGGUGAAGGUGUCGUCUCGCGCUAGCCUCGGUGUCGCGCCCGCAGCAGCAGCAACACCACCGACUUCCGCUGUCGGCACCGGUAAAGCGACGGUCUCCUCAGCAGGUGGAACCUCUCCGCCCAUCGCAAGCGCCGUUCGGGCGAACCUUGGCAGCUCGAAGCAGACCACGCCGAAGCUUGCCACCCCACCCAGCGACCACCCCGCUGGCAGCCCAAUCGUCGAGAAGCUCAGCGGCCUCACGCGGCAUGCCGUGUCUCCCAUCGCCGCGCAUCCCCCGUCUGUUUUUCCAGUAAAAACACCCUCGACCGCAGCCGCGGAUACGACGAGAGCCCCGGUCAAGUCCACCGAGGGGUUAGCGAAGAACAGCACCUCAGCAGACGCGCCGCGAGGUGUUGUGAGCGCCGGUGCGACAACGUCGGAGUCACCCAAAGGUGCCGGCCUCCCAUCCUCCUCCCCUGGCCCCUUGCAGCUGAGUUCGAACCUCCUCAGUCUUACGAGCAGCACGUCGACCGGACUCGCGGACGUCCCUGGGGAGAAAGCGGAGGCGGCGGCACAGAGCGCGAGUCCGGCCACGACCUCGCUGAACAUGUCACCGUCGAGCAUCGCAAAGGACGGGUGCGAGUCUCGCCAAGGGCGGCAGCAGCCGCGGCCAGUGCACGCGCGAGCGAGCCCCUCCGCCACACCUCUCUCCGUCGCACCAGGAAGUCGCAACAUCGGCGGCCGGCAAGCGAGCACGCAGCCAGCCCCCGGCGCGAGCGCCGCCAACGCCAACAUGGAAAGGCUGACGAAGCUUCCCAGCAAGCGAACGGGGACCCCCAGCCUACCUCUGCUUUCAGUCCCCAACUCGGCUGCGUUGAACAGGAAUACCACCGGCGCUAGCAACACCGACAGCCGCAUCAGUGCUGUUCGCCGCCUCUCGCCCACCGCGUCAGCCGAGACGAACAUCGGCUCGACAAGCCCGGAAUCGCAGCACAGCGACGGCAGCACCAGCAACUACGUCCCGCAACUCACCUCAACGCGCACCACGGCAACGUGCCGGCCAGCGUGUCGCACCACGAUGGCGAGCGCCGGUAGGCCUUCCGCGGUUGCGCUGCACGGUCUUAGCUCCCCUCGACCACCGACCACCACCACCACCACCAACGCUCAUUCACCGUCUCAGCGGAAGACAGCUUCGGUUCCCUCCGCCACGGGUACCACAGUGGCAACAGCAGCGGCAACAGCAAAGAAGGGGGCUGGAGGUUCGUCAGCGCGUCCCGUCCCCGCCCCCACAAAAACACCAACGCGAUCAGCAGCAGCCCUCACCACCACCACUACCGCGAAGGACAACGACGACGAUAUGCGGGAUGCGUGGAUGACGGAGGCGUACGACUUCUACGCGUACAGUGGGCAGAGCCUCUCCGAUGACGAGCAGGAUACGCACCACAACAAAGGGCCAUCUUCUCCGCCGCCGCCGCCGCCAGCGGAGACGGGCAAUUGUGAUACCCCAUCGGCGCCGGCCCCGAUAACGCGUCGCGGUGUGAAGCGACUUUCCGCUGCCGCAGGCUCGUUGGCGGACUUGGGCUACAUCAUUUGA